CACAGCAAAGCGUCUAGCAGGACUCACUUGGUCUCGAUUAAGGACAUCACAUACCAUCACACAAGUCAAGUUGAUGUCAAGCCAUGUCUUCGAGUCCCGAACAUACCGUCUCUCCGUCUACGGAAGCCCCUGCACUUAGCAAGCACGAGUUACAGCACUUGAGAUUCAAAGCCCGAGCACCCAAUGGCAAAAUCUACUCCUACGGCAAACGCUCGAGGCUGGACAAUGAACACCGGAACCGCGCCACGAACGUGGUCAGGCAGUCACCGGCCUUCCUCACAGCCACUGCACAGGAGCAACAAGAUAUGAUGGACGCUGCAGUUAAGGAGUGUGAUGAAGCAAGAAAGAAGCGUGGCCUGCACACAACUUCCAUGUUCCAUGCCUAUGGCGUCCCUAUCAUCGAGUUGCUUCCGGAGGAUCUACUUGUCGCACCUCGGAGAAGUGUUACAUCCAGGCUCUCGUCCAAGGGAAAGGAGAAGGCCUCUAAGUCACAUGAGAGAUCCUCAGACAAUCGUGUGGACGAAGACGAUAUCAACGAUGACGAGGAUGACGAUAACGGCGAAGAAGAUGAGAAACGCGAAGACGAUGGCAAUGAUGAAGAAGACGAAUACCUCACCAGUCCAUUCACACCCAAGCGAUCUGCACAGAGAGAAUGGGCCAACAUUAUGUUCUCGAUAUCGACAAAAAGAUCUCGCCGCAACGCCAUCGGUCCCAGCAACUCUCUAAAUCCAUCAAAUGCCCUCGACACCCCUGGCCUAUCCUUGGGCAGUCCUCUCGUGCGACGCGACAGAGAAUUCAGACCCAAACCGUUGACCUGGGAUGACGAGAACAAUCACAUCAAGCCGGGCCCCAUGAGCGCUCCCAUGUCGGUCGCCAACUCGCACCCUUGGCCCACUGCUUCGGAGUCCGGCGAGCUCAAACAGUCCACCUAUCGUGGCAUGCCUCUGAUCAUCAUCGACGACGACGAGGAGGACGGCGAAGGGACUCAUAAUCUACAAAUGAACGACAACCCGGGUCUCUCGAUGGAGUGGAAGAAGAUGUUGAAUAUGUAACGAGGUCGCAGGAUUGCAUCGAGUAGAAGCAAGAGCGUGGAAUCAAACGAAUGGGUUUGACAGAAAUGGCAUGGCAGAAAGCAGCCUUUAUAAUACAUACAAUGGAACGU